AUGGCCGAGGACGUUGCCCAGCCGGAGCCCGCGGAAAGAGCCGCUGACCCGCAGAGGCUGGAGGCAAGCCGCAUCCAGUGGCUCACCCGGGCGAUGCAGGAGCUGCUGGUGAACCCGUAUGACGAGAUGCGGCGCAGCCUGCGGAAUAUCCGCGAGUGCCUGCGUGAGUCGCACAACAUCGGUCGCGUGCUCGUCGCCUGCAUCGCCAACGUGCAGCAGUUCAUCGACGUGGUCGACUACGCCAAGGACUUCGAGAAGAUGGGCGGCUUCCAGGUGCUCCCCGAGCUUCUGGACUACCCCAGCUCGCUCGUUCGCGUGGGGACGUGCGCGCUGAUCGCCGAGCUGGUGCAGAACAACCCGCACUGUCAGCGAGCGGCACUGCGGAGUGCGAGCCGCCUGCUACGCCUGCUGAACACCGAGACGGACGACGAGGUGCGCUGCAAGUCCCUGUACGCCCUGUCCUGCAUGGUGCGACAGAACAAGGAUGCCUACGCGAAUUUCGAGAAGCUGGGAGGGCCAGUCGUGUUGCGAAGGGUCCUCUUCGAGACCACCAACAGGCGUCUCAAGACCAAGGCGAGCUUCCUGGUGGCCGCGUUGUGCAGCCAGGAGGACGGCUUCCGGGCAGCGCUGGCCGGAUCGGAGUUUGCUCGCGACGCCGUCGAGCAUGCUUCCGCGCGUCGACUGGCGACUGCCGGCAGUUUCUGCUCAGCGCCCUCCUCUCGCUGGCCACGCACAGCGUCCAGCCGCUGCUGGGCGAACUGCCCAAAGUCAGGGAAGCGCUCGUUGCCACGCUUGCCGGCUUCAUCCGCGAACACGGCGACGCGGCGCAGUUCCAGGAGGAAGUGCAGUAUUCUACCGAGAUACUUGACCUCCUGAAAGACCGUGGC